AUGGGCCAUAAAACAAAUAUGCAAAUGAGCUGCCGGCCUCUCACAAACAAAAUGACGCUUCUAAAAGGUCUACUCUUUUUGUUAACAUUUCUUCUUGGAAUUUUACGGGGUUUCGGCUCAUUGUGGGGCCUAUGGCUGAAGGCUUUGAGCAAAUAUUACGGUGAGCAUCGAUUUUCCGUGAAACAAGUGGGGGAAAGCCUUCUUUUGCAACCGGUGGAUGCUCUUGUGGGAAACAUUCGGGACAAUACAGUCACCGCGGAAGAAGUGAUGAGAGCAUAUAUUAAGCGAAUUUUGGAGGUCAAUCCCAUGGUAAAUGCGAUAACAAAUGAUCGUUUCGAUGAAGCAUUAGAAGAAGCAAGGCGCAUCGAUGAAAUUUUGGGUAAUGAAUUAAAUUCAGAGGAGAAAAAAGAACUUUUAGCGAAACCACUUUUGGGGGUUCCGAUAACAGUGAAAGAAUCGAUAUCUUGUCGGGGGAUGCCACACUCGUCGGGGCUCGUCGAAAGAAAGAAUGUAAUUUCCGAGCACGACUCGGAAGUGGUUGAGAAUCUUCGACAAAAUGGUGCUAUUCCGAUGGCUGUUACGAACUGCAGCGAGUUGUGCAUGUGGUGGGAGACGGUGAAUAACGUAUACGGACGGACCCGAAACCCUUACGACACGAGUCGAGUUGCUGGCGGAAGCUCGGGUGGAGAGGGAGCAAUUAUUGCCGCAGCGGGAUCCCUUUGUGGUGUUGGUUCUGAUGUCGGAGGUAGUAUAAGGAUGCCCGCAUUCUUCAAUGGAAUCUCCGGACACAAACCGAGUCCCGGUAUUGUACCGAACCAUGGCCAUUACCCAUACGGAACUUCUGAAGCCUUUCACGAGUACUUAUCGAUUGGACCCCUGUGCCGUUAUGCCUCUGAUCUUUCGACGAUGCUGAAGGCCAUGUCGGGACCGAAUGCUUAUCGAUUGGGUCUAGACGAGCCAGUAGACUUAUCCUCGAUAAAAGUUUUCACUGUUAAGAAUUUUGAUCCUACUUUGAUGGCGCCCGUGAGCGAAGAUCUUAAAAUGGCGGAGAAAAAAGCGGUCGAUUACUUACAGAGUCACUUCGGCACCAAGUACGAGCAAACGGAUCUGCGUUACUUCCGGUACGCCGCCCUUAUAUGGGCAGCAAUGGUAAUGAGCUCCGAAGACAAGAAACUGACCUCGAAAUUCCUAGAAGGAAAUUCGGGUUCUAUAAACCCUUUUCUGGAAAUGCUUAAAUACCUGGUGGGGAGCUCCCAGUAUCAUUUUAUAACACCGGUCGUUGGAUCCCUGGAAAAGCUCCACUGCUUUGACACUCUAUCCUCUACUUUCGUUACUAUUGGCAACAAGCUCCGCCUUCAGCUGGAGUCAUUGCUAGGGGACAAUGGCGUGCUGUUAUUCCCAUCACACCCAAGGACAGCAAUGCCUCACGGUAUGCCUGUGCUCUCGCCACUUGAUUUCAAUUACACGUCAAUAUUUAACGUAUUGCGCAUGCCCGUCACGCAAUGUCCUCUGGGACUGGAUUCUGAGGGGAUGCCGCUGGGCAUACAGAUUGCGGCUGCGUGUAAUAAUGAUAGACUAACGCUUGCUGUUGCAAGGGCUUUGGAGCAGAAGUUCGGGGGCUGGUCGACAUGGCAACCAUGUAAACACCUCGUAAAUAAAAACAAAUAGGCAUCACUGCCUCUCAAAGCCACAAAGGGAGACAGCAAACCUCAAUAUGAUAAAUUUAAUCGCAAAAGAAUCCUAAAUUACAACAAACUAGAAGAAAUUGUGGUUUAAUUCUACUAUAAAUAUUGAAUUGCGUUAAAUAGAACAAGCAGGCUUGAACUAGAGAUAUUUAAGAAAAUAGACGUGUAUUACGGUUUAUAGGCUAACUAUUUCCUACAUUAAAACUAUUGGGCCCGCCCAUAGCUGGGCUGCCCUUAUUUUCUAAGUGUCUAAGUGUACAUUAUUUCAGUUUCUUUCACACUGAUCGAUUGCGCAGCAAGCCUAAGAAAAAGUGGAAAUGAUCGAGUUGUAUUUAUUUUCACUUAGUUUUUUUCGUGAAAUUUAAACUGCACAUACGUAAAAAUAAAAACGGUCUAACAAGCCAA